AUGGAGAAGGACCUUGCUGAGCAUUCAGGCAGUUUCGCAGGCAAAGACGAAAACACCAAUGUCGACGACAUCUCUCAUUCACCGGUGCCGGAAACUGCAGAUAACAUUGGUGCAAAACCGGACAGUGAAACCGAAAAAGCUGCAGAUGCAGAUCGUGUUCAGGGAGAGCCGAAAGAGGGGGAGGAGGAGGAAGAAGAAACCGUCGUAGCCGUUGAGGUUCCGCCGGAAACUCCUCUUCCUAGCCUGGAGAAGGUUUCAGAAGACAUCGAUCGAUUACUUCUGACUCUGCAACAGAAUAAUGAUGAUAACAAUAAUGCAGAUGUCAAUGAAGUCUCGUUAUUAGAGAUCCCUGAUUUCGUGGAAAGGUUCUUGGAUCUCGUGGAAGAGAAGAUUGCCAGGUACGACACAGGCGCAACAAAAUCGGGUGAGGUUGUGGAGGAAGAUUCAUCGUUGCUGGAAGCUGUGAAUCGCAUUUCAAAGCUGAUGAAAUUGUUGAGAGAAGAGUCUCAAUCUGAAAAAGAAGAGAUCAAUGGCAAAAACGACUUGUUGGUGAACCGCAUUGGCGUCGUUCAACAACGAGCGAUGUCGUAUUUGGAAGACGAGUUCCGUUUGUUAAUGGAAGAAUCUGGAAACCACAGCAAAUCAGACCCGAAAGGGAAGCACGUGCAGGCAGAACCACCAGAAUCCGAACCCGCGGAAACGGUUACGCAUUUCCCGGGUUACACGGAGGAAGCCGUUGCAAGUUUGAACAAGAUAGCGAGGGAGAUGAUAUCAGGCGGUUACGAAUCUGAGUGUUUUCAUGAUUACACCAUUUCGAGAAGGCACGCGCUGGAGGAGAGCGUGCACAAACUAGGCUUCCAGAAAUUCACCAUCGAAGAGAUUCAGAAAAUGCAAUGGGAAGCACUGGAGAGGGAUCACAUCCCAACGUGGAUCAACACAUUUAAGGAAUGCGCCGCCGCGUACUUCCCCGGCGAGCGGAAACUGGCGGAGUCCGUCUUCUCGGAUCACCCAUCCACGGCGGCGAGCCUCUUCAGCAACAUCUCUCGCGGCGUGACGAUUCAGCUUCUCAACUUCGCUGAAAGCAUGUCUAUGACAAAGCGUGCGGGGGAGAAGCUCUUCAAACUCCUCGACAUGUACGAAACCUUAAGGGAUUUGAUUCCAAACCUGGACAACCUGUUCCCUGAUGAUUACGUCAGCGAGCUCAAAGCGGAAACGACGUCGGGUAAGUGCAGACUCGGCGAGGCUGCGAUACUCAUAUUCUGCGAUCUUGAAAACUCAAUAAAAUCCGAUACCGGUAAAACCCCGGUAGCCGGUGGCGCGGUUCACCCGCUAACACGCUACAUCAUGAACUACCUGAGGCUAGCGUGCGAAUAUAAAGACACAUUGGAAGAGGUGUUCAGGGAACACUCGAAGAUCGAGCGUGCUGACUCGACAAGUAGGCCCCACUACGAGGAAGAGAAGAAAAACGUCCAAAAAGAAAAGGAAAACGCAUCGCCGUUUGCGGCACAGUUAAUGAGGGUGAUGGAGUUGCUAGACUCGAACCUUGAAGGGAAAGCGAAGCUGUACAAGGAGGUAGCAUUAAGCUGCAUCUUCAUGAUGAACAACGGAAGAUACAUAGUUCAGAAGAUCAAAGGUUCUUCGGAGAUAUACGAGGUAAUGGGAGAGACAUGGUGUAGGAAAAGAUCCACUGAGCUGAGGACAUACCAUAAGAACUACCAGAUAGAAACGUGGAGUAAGAUAUUGGGUUGUUUAAGCCCGAAAGGGUUGAGUGAUAACGGGAAGGUGCAGAAACCGGUGCUGAAGGAGAGGUUCAAGAGCUUCAAUGCAUUGUUUGAAGAGAUACACAAGACGCAGAGCACGUGGGUGGUGAGUGACGAACAGCUUCAAUCGGAGCUAAGGGUUUCAAUAUCGGCGCUCGUGAUUCCGGCGUACCGGUCAUUUUUGGGGAGGUUUUCUCAGUAUUUGGAUCCAGGGAGACAAACGGAGAAGUAUAUUAAGCUUCAAGCUGAGGAUGUAGAGAAUUACAUCGACGAGUUGUUUGAUGGGAACCCUCAUCAUCAGGCCAUUGCUAGAAAGAAAGCAUGA